GUGCGUGCAUUAUUAAUAUCUCUAUCCUUCACAUAUGAACCUUUGCUACUUAAAGAUGUUCUUGUACAUCUAACCAAAACAAGCCCAAUAAAUACUAACUCUUAUGCAAGGUUUAAUUAUCAAAUUUUAGCAAGGAUUUAAUGGAGGAGAACCUUCCUCCGGGGUUCAGGUUCCACCCUACAGAUGAAGAGCUCAUCACUUACUAUCUCACCCGCAAGGUCACGGAGUUUGGAUUCGUCGCACGUGCUAUUGCCGAUGUCGAUCUCAACAAAUGCGAGCCUUGGGACCUCCCUGGGAAGGCGAGCAUGGGGGAGAAAGAGUGGUACUUCUUCAGCAUGAGGGAUCGAAAGUACCCGACGGGGCUGCGCACGAAUCGCGCGACCGACGCCGGGUAUUGGAAGACCACAGGCAAGGACAAGGAGAUCUUCCACUGUGGUGUUUUGGUUGGCAUGAAGAAAACCCUAGUUUUCUACAAAGGGAGAGCACCCAAAGGUGAAAAGACCAACUGGGUCAUGCAUGAGUACAGGCUCCAAUCCAAGUUUCCCUUUAGAACUACAAAGGAGGAGUGGGUUGUUUGUAGGGUCUUCAAAAAGAGCUCCAUACUAAAGAAACCGCAAGCAGGUUCUCCACCACUGCCGUCGUUGCUCGAGUCUCCAUGCAACACCAACUCGCUGAGCGAGCUCGGAGAAAUCGACGUAUCGGUGUUGAACAAUCUCAUGAACGCCUCGAGCUCGACGAGCGAUAUACAAGCUAAUGAGAAUAUCAGUAACAAGGUUGAUAUGAGCACGUACAUGCACUGGGUUCUGGCUAGAGAAGCUGCUGCUAGCCAGAAUACGCUGCCUUGGCCGCCGAACUUGUUAGGCUCGGUCUUGGCGAGCAAUCCUGGGAUUCUGAAGGCGCUGCCGCUGAUCAAUUGCUACAAUCAACCCAGAGAAGGUACAAAUCUUGCAAAUUUAAGCUCUUUUGUAGCACAUGGAGAUGGGAUCUUUGCGAAUGAAUCGAAAUUAAGCUUCAAUGGCUCUUCAUCUAAAGGAGCGGAGUGUGCACAGCAACAGCAGCAGCAGCAGCAGCAGCAGCAGCAAGAAGCAUUUGAUCAGGAAGCAAUUUGGAGAGGCUAUUAAUAGUGUGAACAUGACUAACAAGCAAUUUGUUAUAUGUACCUCUUUAUAUUAUUUAUAUAUCUUAUAGGUGAUUCUCUAGCCAAAAAAUAUAUAUAUAUAUAUGUAGCGUAAAUGGGAACAAACCCACAAAGCCUUUACUAUUAUAUUGUCGGUUAAAAACUGCGAGUUAUACUGUUGUUCUAA